AUCAAAGCUUCUUAAAGCUCUUCUAACCCAUCAAGAUGGUGUGCCAUCACCAGUCAACUUGAGUGCCUGGCAGGUUGCACACUCUUCACAGAAUAUAUUCAUUAAAACCAUCACCAGCUCUUAUAUCUACUAGAUAUAAGAGCUAAUAGGUGCAUUUACACAAAGAAGGAAGCAAGACAAAACAACCAUGUGUUUCAUGGUACUAGCAGACAUAGAGACUCUGCUUGCAGCAGAUGCAUCCCUUCACGCAAGUACCAAUGCAUGCCGCAUGCUUUUAUGCAGUGGGUGUGCAUGACACGCCCACCCCGCCACUGUCCACCUUCGGCAAGGCCAACACACAACCCCUCAUCCCCAGCGUGUCUUUAAGCGGGAAUCCAGGCUUGCAAAGCUGUCCAUCGCCUAUCUCACCAGCUUUUCUAGAGCUCCUUGGGUACCCACCGAGGGGUACGGUCUAACCGCAUGAUGGCCCUUAUGAGGGGCGAUCGCCCUGUGAAUAUGAAGAUUCCCUGAUUCCCAACAUUCCCUCCAGAGAGCAAUUAUGAAUCACAAUAAGCCAUUGUUCUCGCAAGCUUCGGCCAUCAUUUGUUCUAUGAGAUCGGCAGACAUGGCACCUGCCCGCCCGUUGAGCACGACUUGCCUUCCAGCAUGGAACAAGUGUCAGCAGCUGCCAAUC